AUGUCUAACAAAAGCGAUUCUGGGAGCGAGGACACAAGCACACUUAACGGCAGCUCUAGACGAAGGGCUGAUGGCGAUCACUAUGAGGACGACGUGUGCCGGGACUACAUGCGGAAUGUGUGUAACAGGGGAAAACGCUGCCGGUAUCGGCAUCCUAGCACGGACGACCGGCCAAAUCCAUCACCGCGCAAAGACCUUACCUUCUGUCAUGACUACCAGAACAACGGCUGUACGCGACCCAACUGCAAGUUUCUACACUGUACCCGUUUUGAGGAGGAAUACUUUCACAGAACCGGGUUGCUGCCGUCUCGGCUGAACUAUUCUAAUCUGACGCCCUUCGGGGCUCUCAAAUCAGACAUUCCACUCUGUAGAGACUACCUUAAUGGGGAGUGUAAGCGUGGAUCCUUGUGCAAAUAUCGGCAUGCCUCUGACAAUAGUCCAGUGGAGUAUGAAAGACGGUGUGAGAGAUACUACGAUUAUGUUCCAGAAGUGAAGAGACGCAGAGUUGAGGACGAGUACGAAACGGGUCGUUCGGUAAUUAGCUACAUGCUUCUGGACGAGGAAGUGACCAUGCUGAAGAGGAAAGUGGAAGAACUAAAGAAGCAGGUCUCUGACUUGACAGCGAUAAAUGAAGUUCUUCUCGAGCAGAACGCUCGGUAUCGAGUCAGCAAAGUCACAGCUGCACUGCAGGUGCCGGCUAACCAACAGGCACUUCCUACGGUUGCCAUUAACGCAGCUGUCAACACUGCCCACGCGCAGGCUAGCAUGAGUCAGUUAAAUCCAUCUCUCACUCAACAAGUAGCCCUCAACAGCGACCUGGCCACCCAGCACGCGAUAGCCGCCCAACGCUUGGCAGCAGCCGGAGGCGGAAUGGCCCAGACUCGAUCCGCCCAAACUGCCAUGGCUGUGACACCGACGGUUACCAUCACGCAAAAUGUGGCUAGCGCCCUGGCACUGACUCAGAGUAACAUAGCCGUAUCCAUGGCAUCCAUGCCCCAGCUGCAAGUGGCCCAUUCUCUGACACAAAACCUUGGCGCGCCUUCCACAACUUUAGUCUCCUAUCCCAUUAUGUCGCACAACAUGCGUUCAGCGGUGGAGCCCAGAAGCCUCACGCACUAG